AUGAGACCAAGUCGGAAACCACCACCAUUUGCGGCUGCACUGCACCAAUUUGUUCUCUGCGGUGCUAGAAGACCGACCUGUCCCACUGUGAGACGCUCCUCUAGGCAAGAGGUCGUGUACCACAGAAGAGUAGCACAGCAGCAAAGUCACCUGCCCCAAUACGAAAACAUGCCUACUCAUCCCAGGCAGUGCGCUGCGGUGGUUGAGACCUUGCAUGCGAAUCUGCAUCGGAGACGGGCUGCAGCUAGCACUCUCCGAUUAUUUCAAGAGCCGGAAACUUCUCUUUCAGCACCCUUCUGCAUUUCAUUACUCUUGCUCGAAUUCCAUCGCUAA